AUGAAGCUGGAGUUCGCCCCGCUGAACAUCCCCCUGCGGAGGAGGCUGCAGACCGCCGCGGUGCUGCAGUGGGUCUUCUCCUUCAUAGCGCUGGCCCAGUGCUGCUUGGCGGGAUUCGUGCUCCUGCUGCUCUCUGAUUGGUGGAUUGUGGCGGUCCUUUAUGCUGGUUGGUUGUUUCUGGACUGGGACACGCCCGUCAGCGGGGGGCGCCGUUGGGAGUGGCUGCGGCGGUGCGGCCUGUGGGGUCUAUACAGUGACUACUUUCCCCUCAAGUUGGUUAAAACUGUGGACUUGGACCUAAAGAAGAACUACAUCUUUGGAUUCCACCCUCAUGGAGUGCUUGUGGCCGGAGCGUUUGGAAACUUCUGCACUGAGGCGACGGGCUUCUCUGCUCUGUUCCCUGGACUCACACCUCACCUGCUCAUGCUGCCCUUCUGGUUCAGAAUCCCACUGUUCAGGGACUACAUCAUGUGUGGAGGCCUGGUGUCCAGCUGUAAGUCCAGCCUGUCCUACCUCCUCAGUCGUAAUGGAGGGGGGAACGUGGCGGUGAUCGCAGUGGGCGGAGCUACAGAGGCUUUGGACGCUCGACCGGGAGCUCUCACUCUGCAGGUGAAGAACAGAAAAGGAUUUAUCAAAAUGGCGCUGAAGCACGGAGCUCACCUUGUGCCAGUUUUCUCGUUUGGUGAAAAUGAACUUUAUGAUCAAAUGGAGAAUCCCAGUGGCUCCACCCUGAGGCAUGUGCAGAACCGUUUGCAAAGCAUCAUGGGAAUAGCGUUGCCGAUGUUCCAUGCUCGAGGAGUGUUUCAGUAUAGCUUUGGCCUGAUGCCCUACAGAAAACCUGUACACACCAUUGUUGGAAGUCCCAUCCCGGUCCAGUCCAAACCCAAUCCCUCAAAUGAAGACAUCGAGUCGUUGCACCAGCUAUACCUGCAGAGCCUCACGCAGCUGUUCGAGACGCACAAAAGCCAGUACGGAUACAGCCCAGAGCAGCACCUCAACAUCACAUAG